GUCCGGGUCACCCGCUGCGGUACUUUAUUUUGUGUACAGAUGGUCUUACACACCGGGCCACUGUAUUCGCGGCGGCUACGAGGCGGUGUAUGCUUCGUAUCGUGACCUCCAUCGCAAACGUUUUCAAGUGAUAUCACGAAGCUCGUACACUGGUUCGUACCCUGUACAACUGUCCAAUCACUGUCCUUCCCUGUCUCGAGGGAUCCUCGAGGCUGCUGAGUUAGAAGCAGUAGGCAUUUUAGUCAGCCGGAACGCCCCAGAGCUCCCAAAACUCUGGGCAGUGGGCACUCUCAUAGAGACCUUUCAUCGUCAAUCCAGUGCUACCGAUCAACUGACGACAUAUUCAUCUACAACCUUCAGUAGUAGUCAUGGGCGCGGAACUAUCACGUAUAGCUGAACAAGCGGAGGCAGCUAGGAGAGCCCAAGCUGACCACGAAGAAGCCGAGCAGGCACGUGCCGCCCGCGAGGCUGCAGAAGCACAGGCCCGUGAAGAAAGAGAGCAUGCCGAACGACUGGCACAGGAGGUUGAAGAAGAGAGGCGCAGACAGAGAGUUGCCGAAGAAGCUGCUGAACGAGCUACCAUUGUUGCCCAGCAAGAGCAGGAACGGCGACAGAGAGCCAGGGAAGAGGAAAACAGGAGACUUCAUGCUGAGAGGGAAGCAGCCCAAGAAGCCAGGCAAGCUCAGACGCCUACCCCCGAAGAAUAUUCCGCUUUCAGAGAAGUAAUACAGCAUACCGAGGGUUUCUUCCAUGUUGCCCUCAGUGGGAUCGCUGGCAGCGGCAAGUCGUCACUGGUUAACUCAUUCUGUGGCAAGCACAACAUGGAUCUUGGUGCUGCCGCGGUUGGCGCGAAUAAGACCAAUUUUGCAGUGGCCAGAUACCCUGAUCCACACCCAUCCAGCCGUUUCGUCUGGUACGAUGUUCCCGGAGCAGGAACCUUGAAGGUCCCUGAUUGGAACUACUUCAACGAUCAAGGGCUCUUCGUCUUCGACUGCAUCAUUGUCGUGGUCAACAAUAGUUUCACUGCCACUGACGUCGCUAUUCUUUCCAACGCUAGGCGCUUUGGUAUUCCUGCUUUCAUCGUCCGCUCUAAAGCAGAUCAACACAUCAGAAACCUUAUGAAAGACAUAGGCUAUAACAGUGACGAUGAAGGCGGAAACAAGGCUAGUUACUUCGCGCGGGCGCGCGACCAAUACGUCGCAGAAACUGCCCGUAGCAUCAGGACCAACCUCCAAGAGGCGAAGUUGCCUGAUCAACCGGUCUACCUCGUGUCGAAUAUUGGUCUACAAGCGGCUGUGACUGGUAGGGCAUCGGAGAAGAUGUUGGAUGAGGUCAAGCUACUUACGGAUUUGGGGGGCGCAGCUCGGAGAUACGCAUUGUGAUACAUUUUGGACCUGC